AGCUGACCGGCGCGUGACGUGCACAUGCGCACUUCACUUCCUGUUAACGGUGUGUGUGUGUGUGUGUGUGUGUGUGUGUGUGUGUGUGUGUGUACGGGUUUUCAGCUUCAUGCAGUGAUGAGUUAACGUCUUUUCAGGACUCAGGAACUUCAGAAGUCAGCAGAUCACGUCAGGACACAUCGAGUCGUUCCUCUACACGCUGCUCUGAGGAAUUUCUGAAAGAUGCCGUCCAACAAGAGUGUGUCUGAUGCCUCCAUCACUCAGUUUGUCAACUGCAGGAUCCUCAGAGACCAUCAUCUGGAGAGAGAGGACCUGUGGGUGCGUGAUGGAAAGAUCUUGAACCCGGAGAAGCUGUUCUUUGAAGAGCAGGGUUUUGCAGACCGAAAAGUCGACUGUGGGAAUAAAAUCAUCGCCCCCGGAUUCAUCGACGUGCAGAUCAACGGUGGAUACGGCAUUGACUUCUCGCAGGCCACUGAUGACAUCACAGGGGGCGUGGCUCUGGUGGCCAAGAGGAUUCUGGAACAUGGCGUCACGUCCUUCUGCCCCACACUGGUGACGUCUCCCCCUGAUAUUUAUCACCAGGUGAUUCCUCAGGUAAAGGUGAAGGAUGGGGGAGCAGAUGGAGCUGGAGUGCUUGGUCUUCAUCUCGAGGGUCCAUUUAUCAGUGAGGAGAAAAAAGGCGCUCACCCUCCUCGCUUUCUUCGCUCUUUUUCCAAAGGGGGCGUGGCCGACCUGCUUGAGACCUACGGGCAGCUGGAGAACGUUGCCAUGGUUACGUUGGCACCAGAGCUCCCUAGUAGCGGCCCGGCGAUCUGUGAGCUGGCACGAAGGGGCAUCACGGUGUCACUGGGUCACUCCAUGGCUGAUCUCGCUCAGGCUGAGGAGGCCGUCCUGAACGGAGCGUCAUUCAUCACACACCUGUUCAAUGCCAUGCUACCUUUCCAUCACAGAGACCCGGGCAUUGUGGGACUGCUGACGAGUGACCGUGUGCCUGCAGGUCGCACUGUGUAUUACGGUAUGAUUGCUGACGGCAUACACACACACCCCGCUGCACUGAGGAUCGCACACAGAGCUCACCCUGCAGGGUUGGUUUUGGUGACUGAUGCAGUUACAGCGAUGGGGCUUCCUGCAGGCAGACACACACUGGGGCAGCAAGAAAUCCACAUACAGGGACUACAUGCUUACGUAGCAGGAACUAAGACGCUGAGCGGCAGCAUCGCCACCAUGGACAUGUGUGUGAGACAUUUUAAACAGGCCUCCGGAUGUACAGUGGAGGCAGCGUUGGACGCUGCGUCUCUGCAUGCAGCUCAGCUGCUGGGGAUCAGCCACAGGAAGGGGACACUAAAGUACGGUGCAGAUGCAGAUUUGGUCCUACUGGACGACGCGCUGACAGUCUGGGAGACCUACAUCGCAGGAGAACUGGUCUGGAGGAAGUGACCUCAUCAUGAAACUGCUCUCUGAUUGGACGGAUUUGGCGUUUGAAUGGCAGUAAAGCACAGAGUCUCCACACGCACAUGUACAGUCAUUUCCCUUUCACCUGGGACUUCUGUAGGACAUGAAGAUGUUCCAGUUUCUACAUUUCACACUAUAAAUAUAUCACAUGUAUAAUAUUAUGUAGCAGUGAACUUCCUCUACACACAGUGAGAAGGAGCCGAGUGUGUGUGUGUGUGUGUUUAAUAAACUACUUUUCAUACA